AUGUCUAUGGUAGCAGGCAUUAGGGCGAAGGUGCUUGGUGGUUGUUUCACAAAUGAACGAAGGAAUAUAGGAAAUAUUACAGGAAUGAGGUUGCUAUUGGAUGCUGCUUUACACACCAGUCAGUGGAAGAGGAUGGUGACUAGACCCACAUUUGUGGGACCAGGAUUUACUAGGAAACCUCCAAAAUAUGAGCACUUUAUUCGUCCUACAGGGCUUCGAUUUACCGAAGCCCAUGACACUCAUCCUGAACUAAAAUGCACAUUCAAUUUAGAGAUCAUAGGUGUGAAGAAGAACCCAAAUGGUCCAAUGUACACUUAA